GCUGGAAGGAGCAAGAUAUCUUUGAUCCACGCAGACCUUUUCCAUUUUUGCUUUAAGUAUCUACUGCCAACACGUGACGAUCGCUUCUUUACUUUCUUUUACAGCGGAUGUUGUUUUGUUUUCCAUGUUUGUCAGUUAAUAGGCAAAUGGAGGAAUGAGACUACUUAGAAAUACUCCUUCAGUUCACAGUUCUGUUUCAUCUCGACUGUUGAAACUUAGCAUCUUUCUCCUACUUAGCCUUCCUGACUCAAAAGGAAAAGCCAUUUGGACAGCCCACCUGAAUAUAACGUUUCAGGUGGGAAAUCAGAUUAUAUCAAAAUUAGGAGAGAGCGGAGUGUUCGGGAAUCAUUCGCCUCUGGAAAGGGUGUCUGGUGUGGUGGUACUUCCUGAAGGAUGGAAUCAGAAUGCUUGUAAUCCUCUGACCAAUUUCAGCAGGCCUGAGAGGGCCAACUCCUGGCUGGCCCUCAUUGAACGGGGCGGCUGUACUUUCACGCACAAAAUCAACGUCGCGGCAGAGAAGGGAGCACAUGGGGUGAUUAUCUAUAACUAUCCAGGUACGGGCAACAAAGUGUUUCCCAUGUCUCACCAGGGAACGGAAAAUAUAGUUGCGGUGAUGAUAGGCAACCUGAAAGGCAUGGAACUUUUGCGCUUGAUCCAGAAAGGAAUCUAUGUGACCAUCAUCGUUGAAGUGGGGAGGAUGCACUUGCCCUGGCUGAGCCAUUACGUCAUGUCUCUGUGCACCUUCCUGGCUGCCACAAUGGCCUACCUGUUCCUGUACUGUGCCUGGAGACCGCGAGUGCCCAAUUCUUCCACCAGGAGGCGCAGACAGAUAAAGGCAGAUGUGAAGAAAGCUAUCAGAGAGCUCCAGCUGCGAGUGCUCAAAGAAGGGGAUAAGGAGCUAGAUCCGGAUGAAGACAGUUGUGUUGUUUGCUUUGACGUAUACAAGCCUGAAGAUGUAGUACGUAUUUUAGCUUGCAAACAUUUUUUCCAUAAGGCAUGCAUCGACCCCUGGCUUUUAGCCCAUAGGACAUGCCCCAUGUGCAAGUGUGACAUUUUGAAAACCUAAGAAACCCAGAGAAUCGUCUGAAGAUGUAACUGAGUCUUUCCAAAGAUUAAAAUUAAGAUGAAUUCUCUUUCAGCACUUUAUGUAGGGAGAAAAUUCGACUGCAGCUUCUCUACGCAAGUACUAAAGAGAGUAAAAUUUGUGUGUUUUAGAAAUAAAACUCCAUAUCAUGUCCAUCUACUUGAA